CAAAUCAGCAUGUGCGGACAAAUUCAGAAUCUGGAUGCCGGAAAGUCGGGGCUACCCCCAACACGUACGUGUAUUCAGCAACAUACGAUGACAUUGAUGUCCAUAUGAUCAGCGUAAUAGCAUAGGUUAGAUAUUUCCUGGAUUCUUUGAAACUGCCAUCAUGUGUGUGCACAUACUUCAGUGCUUCUGGACAAGCUUCUCCGGUCACGUACACUGGAAUACUGGAGUAUAUACCAGAGCUUAAUUGGGGAUACAGUGUUGCUAAAAUUGGCGUAUCCUGACCCAUCGGUGACAGUCAUCACAAAUACAUGCGGAGGCAAGUAAAUCGUUUACAAAAGACCGAAGCUGACAUCGUACACACCAAACUAGGUUCCUACAUCGGACAUCGUCGCAUAUUUGUUUGUUGACUCCAGAUUGCAUGUUUUUAUUUGCCCAUUUCUGGUGUCCCCCGUCGUGAUGUUACGGGAAUAUUGCUAAAAGCGGCAUAAAACUAAACUCACUCACUCAAAUCCGGUUUGGCAAGACGAGUGAAUGCUUUAACAUCCAACCUCAGCCACCCCUAUCUUCAACAACAUGUAUUGAUUCUCUCCUACGCUAUCCUGGUGACUUCAUGAACAUAAGUGUCCUCUCAGGCAAGAACAGUGGAUCGUUGUUACAUUCAACUUCUGCUUGCUUGUACACUCCGGGUGAUAUUGAACUGUUGUGGAAUUAUUCAAUAUUCCCUUGGCAAUGGAAUGUAAAAUCGAUAUCAAGGACAAUGAAUUAGUAUUGCACUGUAGGUGAUUCAACUUGGAAGGCAUCAAUAAGACUUAUCUCCUCUUUGUUCAGACUGGGUGCAUCUGUCUGUGAAAAACUGGGUCACUUUAGCUGUGUUCACGAUGCGACGGGGGAAGUUACGAGGGAAGAAGAAAGUGAACAUAAGAAAGCUGUUGGCAACCUUGCUGAUGUUUGGCUUGAUAUCAGUGUUUGUAAUGUUAAAUUACUCUCAACAAUCUGCACACUUUCGGAAGCUGGCUCAAAGCUUGUCUGUGAUGAAGUCAGCUCGAGGAUUCUUGCAACGUUUCUAUGCAAAUCAUCAUGCGCGGAGCAAUUCAGAAUCCCAAACCGGAUUCCAGGAAGUUGGGGAUGCUCUCGACACGUACGUGUAUUCAGCAACAUACGAUAACAUUACUGUGCCUAUAAUCAGAGUAAUAGCAUUGGUUAGACAUUUCUGGGAUGCUAAGAAAAUGCCAACAUUUGUUUGCACAUACUUCAACGCUUCAGGACAAGCUUCUCCGGCCACGUACACUGGCAUACUAGAGUAUGUACCAGAGCCCAAAUGGGGAUACAGAUACCAUUCAGGAUUUAUUAAGUGUGUUCUGCCUAAAGAUGUCCAACCAACAGCAGUCAGCAUCAGUGGGAAUAUUACUGCAGAGGCCCAUAAUAUGCUGAGAGUUAUCUACCCCUUGAAGAAGAAAAGACAGUUGACCAGAUGUUUCUCAGCACUUCAUUCCAAUUUCAGCAACACUUUGCAGCUGAUACAGACCCUUGAAAUCAGUCUCAUGUUCGGUGUCGAACACUUCAUUGUUUACAAUUACAGUAUACACGAAUCUGCCAUGAAUGUUUUGAAACAUUACCGUAAUUUGGGAGUGUUAGAUAUCUUACCUUGGGAUGUACCUGUAAACCGAACUCAGAUUCAUUAUUUUGCACAACUUGCCGCCAUUCAAGAGUGUAUUUAUAGAAACUUGCACGUCUCUGAAUAUAUACUGACAGGAGACACGGACGAAGUCUACAUACCUAAAGUGUAUUCCAAUAUAUCGGACAUGAUCGCUGACAACUUGAAAGGUCGACAAUCAUGUUCUGGUAUGCUUGUCCGAAAUGCCUUUUUCCCUUUGAACCUUCAACCUCAUGUGGGGAAUUUUACCCUGAAACAGGAAGCAAGAAGACUGAAUCUUACUUAUCUGUUGUACACAAGUCAUUUAAAAAGAAACAACCCGGGAGACAGGACAAAACUGAUCAUCAAACCUACAGGUGUUGAAAUCGGUGGUAUUCAUUCUGUUGAAAGAUUUCGUAAGGGACACAGUUUUUGUAUAUGUCCAUAUUCUCGGUGCCUUCUUCACCAUUACCGGAUUGUACCGCCAAAGGAGUGGGGAUCCUUCCGAGCAACGGAUGUUUCGUUGUUGAAGUAUUCUGAAAAAAUUGUUAAGCGUAUUAUCGACAGGUUAAAGCGUUUACACGAGGAGGAACAGAGCGGUUUUUAAAGUUUUGAUGUGUUAGUGUUUUGAUAUGUUUUGAGUAUGAAAAGGAUGGGAAAAGGAUGUAAUUGUCUUGUUCAUUCAACUUCCACACCUUCUGCAAAUGUGCUUGACGGGAUAGUAGAAAUUGCCUUUGCACAUUCUAUCCUUGACCGGAAUCAAACCUCGACCUUCUGGGUGAGGAGCCAACACUUUAACCACCAAGCUACCCCUCAGCGCCGUCAGAUAUCGUUGCUUACAACAUCAAUCAUCGGGUCUGCUGAUUCGUAAUAUAUGUGUUAGAUGUAACGAAUACUUAUGUAAUUCAAAUCAGUUAGAAGUGCGUGAUGUUUUUGCUUUUAAAAUUAUCAUUGUGGACCUUAGUAGAUGCACCACAACUGCAAAAUGUAAAACGCAGUGUGUGAUUUGUUGAAAAACGUUGUUUUGAGAGAUGGAAAACAACUUCGAUUUCAGAAAUUUCUCCAGCUUGAUCUUUUUCAUUUAGCAUUGCACUAAAUAUAUCGAUUAUUGUAACUUGAUUGAUAUUCGUUGUAUCGAUCGUUCACCGCACUCUGUCUGUCGGUCCUUCCUUUUGUUAAUGAUGGCAUCUAAUCAUAAAGAUUAUCAUGAAUAUAUUUUACGAAUAUAAUUACGACGAUAGCCGAUAGCCGAUAACGACACAUACACAACCCACUGUGGGGAAGAGGCGGUGGGGUAAGAUAGUGGUUGAAGCCUUCGCUCGUCACACUGAAGACCCGAGUUCGAUUCCCCACACGGAUACAUUGAAACCCAUUUCUGGUGU